CUAGAAUUAAUUAAUUAAAAUGUCUGGGCAUGGCUUAUUGUGUAUUACAAUUAAAUCAACAUUUUAUGCACAAGUUUGAAAGAAACAUUUCAUGUCAUGCAAUAAAUACAAAAUUGGAAACCAACUUCCAGCCUGUAAAAAACAUAUAAAAGAGAUUUUUUUAUUUCUUGCCUUAUUUUAUUUCACAGUUGUAAAUGGUUCAGGCAGAGCCCAUUUUAUACCCUAUAAUAUGUAAGGUCAUCAUAAAUUUACACAUUUUUGAAUCUGCACACAAGCUACAGCUGUUAUAUCAAUGUGGUAGUAUAAUGUAGGUCUUAGUAUUCUCUGAAAACAAUGAAGUCUCACCUUUUAACCAUUUAAACUACUUUAUUUUGCUCAUUAGCUACACGCAUACAUUUUAUGGAGAUUAAAACACCAUAAUGCUACUACGUCACGUUGGGUUUUUCACGACAUUUUCAUCCACUGACCACAGCAAGAGUCAGAGAGAAAUAAGUAAAAAGAAACUGCUUUAACAUCGGCAGCAAUGGCUACACACAACACCAUCACCAGGUGGCGGUGUUCGCCAUGAUGUUCACUUAGAAACUUGCGCUGACGUGAUCAGGUAUGCUAAUCAUCUCCAUUUAUUUGCAACCACAAAACUCUGCAAUGGGCAACGUUUACACGCUGCACCACUGGGCCCCGUCUUUGCCAGAAGGAUAUUUAAUUUAUCUUUACAUAGAGCAUUAACUUGUUUUCAGAAACGUGUUAAAUAGCAACAGAAACAAACGAAUUAAUUGUUUGAUCCCACAUCCUUCAAAGUCUCACCACCAUAAAGAUAAGACUCAGGCUUGUAAAUGUAAUGUUAACUGAUCUGCAUAUAAUUACAUAUUAGGGUAAUAGAAUAUUUUUCGUUUGAACUCAGUAGCGGAAGAAGGUCAACUCUAUACAGCCAAUAAAAAUAUAAUAGCUAUACCUUGGGGUGAGUGCAUCAAUGCGUGAGGUUGCCGUGGAAGCCGCAGACGCCUCCUGACGAAGACCAACCUAAUAUUUAAAAGGCCACCGUGACAGAAAAGAGGCUGAACCAAUGGGAAUACGCCUUAGCAAAUUAGAAACUAAUCAGAUCUGUCAGAGGGCGGGGCUAUCCCAAUCCUCGGGACGAGAGAAGGUAACUGUUACCAAAAGAGUGUCAGAUGAAAGCCAGUCGCCAGUUCGUGCACACCACGUAUACACUGCAAAAACUUCAAAGGCACGCAGGUGGGCACGAGGACGUUAAUGACAAAGCUCCACACAGCAUUUCAUCCAAGGAUAUCCUCUCCUCACGCUCACAAAGGAACUGAUAGAGUUGGAGCUCCCUUUCUUGUUUUUCUCCACUACAAAGACAUGUGAUGGAAUAAGGGGCCUUAAAGUGAAGAAGAGCAAACUAAGGCGCUCGCAAAAACCUAACCUGCGAUUGUCUUUUUGGAGUGAAUCUUCUCUCCUUAACCGGAUGACAUGCCUUGACUCGACACCCACCGUACCAUGGCAGGUUUAGUCUCCACUGUGUGUUUGGUGGUGAUGCCCAAAGCUCUCAUGCACACCCACAGCCAACGUGCUGCGCUUCUGGUGGUAACGGUGUUGUUAAUAGUGAUCGCAGCUGACUUACCUGGGGCAGAUGAAUCUCCUUUGGACUCUACACAUGAUCCCAUGGGAUUUCUUGGAGAUAUCCAAAGUCCUACAUCAUCACCAUUAGCCUUACCUGACUCGCAUUAUACUGCCUUUGAGACUCUAGACUCACCUGGUGCCCUCCCAUCCAAUCCUGAACCAAGCCAUGAAGUUAGGACUGCUGAUAACAUUCAUAGGGGGCAUAUUGCAUAUGAAAACUCCAAAGUCAUCAUGUUAAGAGAUGCCUCUGCAGAAGAGCCACACACUCUGACGACUCCAACCGUAAGACCAUCUGUACCUGUGCGGGAGUCUAGUCCACAGUUUCAACGACCAGCUGAACUCUCCUUAGGCUGGAAGCUGGCGAGGUCAUCUCUCUCAGAAGCUCAAACAAAGUCCCAGCUACAGCCUUGGGAAAAUAUAUCCAUAACAUCAGUAAAGCCUUCUCCAACACCCCAGCUAGGUCUUAAUUCUGAGAAAAGGAUGACCUUCCAACCUGAAGGGCCUCUCGGGCCACCUAUUCAGACUUUCACAGACCUUUUAGCAGAGGACUCACAUAUGAAACCAAUGCAUGCAGACCAGCUGAGCUCCAGUAAUCCCCCACUGGAAAACAAACAUGCAUAUGAUAUAAACAUGCUACCCAACCCAGAUGAGAUUCAGUCUCCUGGCUACAAGGUGCCUUUCAUCACCCCCCACCCUGCAUCACCUUCAUCUGAACCCACAGAGCUCUCUCCAGAGGACUUCUACCCCACCAACACCAUGGAAGUAGACUGGGGGUCUGGGGACUACUUGGAGACGAUGUCUUUUUUCAAUGCAGAUAGAGAAGACUAUUCUCUGGUCACCAAGGUGCCCUCCGACUCAUAUGAUCUAGAAGACUAUACAGAAACUUAUGACACGUCCUUCCCUUCCAGAGUGGGCAUAUCUCCCUCAUCCCUGAAUCCUCUGUACGUUUCCCCUUCCCCCAGCCUCGUGACAGCGUACAGCACCGUAGUUUCUCCUAGAUCUAUUUAUCCUUCCUCAUUUUCAACAACAGUUCAGUUUUCCCUGGAACCUACUCCAACACCUAACAGUGACGUGCCUGACAUUUCAGACGUAGAUUGGUCAGAUACGUACACAAUUCAACCGACAGAUGUCCUUUUGCCAGACAUGAACAGCUUGGAAUAUUAUAACAAUCAGCUGACCAAGGAGAAUAACGGUUCAGAAAGCGGAGCUGAACACAGGGGGAACAUUACUGUGGUGUCCAUCAGUACUACAGACAGCACACCUAACAACAGCUUCAGCAAUGAUACAAAAGUGAUUGAAGAGGAGUCCUCCAGUGAUCUCUCGGGGCUUGAGCCUCAUGAUGAAACGAGCUUUGUAGUAACCACAGAGGAGAGUCCUCAGGUGGCCAAUGCCUCUCAGCCUUUUCUUGAUCCUUCCAUAGUCCCAACGCAUUCCCUCCACUCCUUUUCUUCUUCGGAUGGUCAGGUGUCCACCACAGAUUGGUCUGCACAUACAAACAACGUUGGCCUGGAUAGCACUCCAAUUACAGAAGCUGUGCAGCCAAGUACAACGCCUUUGCUGCCAGAAGAUUUAAAUUUUGCCUCCUCUCUUACGUAUGUUCAUUGGUAUGUUACAGAGUCUCCCCCAAAAAGUACUAUGGAUGCAACUGCUGUCUUAACUGCAACUAUAGACUUCUCCCCUGUUCCCACUGAGCCUGCUGCCAAUAGUACAGCCGGUACAACAGAAUUAGCUCCUGAAGAGUCUGCUUUUACCAAUGAUCCAACUCUCAAUGCAACUAUAGUUUCAACUGAAUCCACGCCUCAGAAUGUGACUCUGCCCCCUCCAUUUGUGAUGGGUGAUCAGGGGGUGACUGAAGAUGGAGUUGACACCCCAGCCACACUGACCUAUAUCCCAACCAGUAGUGUAGUUAAUAAAGUCUCUACUACACCCACAAGUACACCUGCCACAACUACUCCCCAUCAAGCCACAACCAGAGUUACUGCCACCUCUGAAGCCUCAACUAUUGUCAACAUCAUCUCUACCACUGUUGGUAAAAUCACAGCUAUAGCACCAACAUCAAGAUCGUACCUCUGCAACGUUAACAAACCCGCUUAUUUGAUCAGGAUCGGUUUUCCAGCCGGGGCCACUGUAGGAUAUGCUAAAUCUCAGGUCAGAGACAUUUUGAAAGGGGAAUUUAACAAAUCAGUGGAACUGCAAGUUGUGGAUCCACCACCAAAAUUUGUGUUUCGAGUGGUGUCUGGUCCGGUCGUGUACACAGGCAUGUCUGUCGUCAAUGCACUGAGGAGGUCGGGGCGCCGCUUCUUGUCUGUUUCUCCAAACUGGUCGACGCCAGAUAGAAAUUAUCAAGUCCACUCAGUGUUGCAGUUUGUUCCUGGCCACGUAGACGUGCGGUUCUGCAACUUCAGUGAGAGCAUCGAGAGAGGUUUGACCAGGGCCUUCGCCGAAGUCCGCAGGCGAUCAAAGGAGUCGACUAAUUUCACAGUGCAUAUUGUAAACAUCACCAUGGCUGCUCCCAUAUACGAGGAACAAGGACUAGCGAGGAAACCGGUGGACAUUACUUUCACUGUUCGCAGUUCAAGGAGUUAUCUGAUGGGGUCAGAGAUCAGCAGUGCUCUAAUGAAACUCACUAUGGUGGAAUUCAGCUAUUACAUGGGCUUUCCUGUGCUGCAGAUCGCUGAGCCUUUCCAUUAUCCAGAGCUGAACACCAGCCAACUGCUUCGCUCUUCCUGGGUUAGAACAGUACUCCUGGGUGUGCUGGACCAGAAAGUGGGUGAGAGGACCUUUCAAGCUAACAUGGAGCGCCGGUUGGCCCUGUUACUCGGUGAAGCAAUAGGAUCAGUCAGACGGGUUAAAAGGGCCACCACCAUAGGCAACAGUAGUGUUCAGGUUGUAAGCACAAGCCGGUUGGCGGGUACUGACCUCCCCCUCGAAAUAGUGUAUUUUGUGGAGGGGCCUAGUAGUCAGAGGAUGCCUGCAGAUCAGACUGCUAGCCUGCUUAACAGCCUGGAUGUCCAAAGAGCCGCUAUUGUCCUGGGAUAUCGUGUACAGGGCAUAUUGGCACAACCUGUCGAAAAAGUGACAUCUUCACCCUCUGACAAUGAGAACACAAACAUGUGGAUCAUCAUCGGGGUUGUGAUCCCCCUCCUCGUGGUCAUCGUCAUCAUUUCCAUCCUUUACUGGAAGUUGUGUCGGACAGACAAGCUGGAAUUCCAGCCAGACGCCAUGACCUCCAUCCAACAGAGACAAAAGCUGCAGGCUCCCACCGUUAAAGGCUUUGACUUUGCCAAGCUGCACCUUGGCCAGCAGAGCAAGGAUGAUGUCAUGGUGAUCCAGGAGCCUGUCCCGUCUGGCCUCGGGCCCGUCCAAGUAUCCAUUAAAGAUGGCCUCAGUCCAUCUGAGAACGGGGAGAUCCCCACUCCCAUUUCCAAAACGUCCGCUUCCUCCACAAAGGCGUCGCGCAGUGGUCGAAGGAGAGGAAGGAUCUCCUCAUCAGAUGGCGACUCUGUGUUAAGUGACCAUUCCAGUGAGCGGGAAUCAACCGAGGAGAACCUGAGAGCCCAGGCCACGCCCAGCGACAGCAAGCAGACCCGUAAGGUCCCCAUCAAUGUUUUAAACGGCAAGAAUAGAAUUGGUCCUCCUCCUAUGAACGAUACAAAUGAGCAGCUGUCUUCAGCCUCCAUCUUUGAACAUGUUGAUCGGAUAUCUCGUGGCACCGACGCAAGCAGGAGACUCCCCAAUAAAGUCCAGCUUAUCGCCAUGCAGCCUAUGCCUGUCCCACCACUCCACAGUCCGCCCGUCAAUGGAAAAUUGUCAGACACAAACCAAAUGACCAAAGAGAUCCAGGUAGCGUUGAGGCACAAGUCAGAAAUUGAGCAUCAUCGUAACAAGAUUCGUCUUCGCGCCAAGAGGAAGGGCCACUAUGACUUCCCAGCUAUGGAUGACAUAGGCGGUCUUGGCGAUGCAAAGGAUCCGGAUCGUAUUUAUCGCAAAGAACAGAUGCAAAUCGAUAAGAUCCUGGACCCGGAUGCUCAGAUGCCCUCCGUCUUCAUGGAACCCAAGAAAAGUGGUCGAGGCAGGCGCUCACCAAAGCAGAGGAUGAAAGACCAGAUGAAUGGAGGCAUGAUGGAAGCAGACAAAGACCACCUCAUCACUGAAGACACUGAUGCUGCUUACAGAAAGUGCCCCGGGGUCAACAAUGUGGCCUAUGUGUCGGACCCUGACCAAGGCCCAGGAUCCCCUCACAGGAGUCCUUCCCCCACAGAUGAUGUCUUCCCAGCCCCCACUUCCUCUCCUCCCGGCCAUGCCCCUCCCCCACCACCGUACAUGCCCCCACAGCCCUCCAUCGAGGAAGCACGGCAGCAGAUGCACUCCCUGUUGGACGACGCCUUCGCUCUUGUGUCACCCACUUCUCAGGGCAGCACUGCUGGGAUCACUCUCCCAGGGGUCAACAGCAACCCUCCUAACUCUAGCCCUCCAGGUCAUGGGCCGAGACCUUGGGGUCUUUCCUACCAAGCUUUCCCCAGCAGAUUCCCUGAGAUGUCCUCUGCUGCAGUGCAAGGCAUGGCAACAAGGCAGGGCCUUGGCUCGAGCUACCUGCCACCAGGAGAAGCAGCGGGGCACGGUGAGCAGCUCCAGCCAGACAGCCUGUACUCCAGCAGGGGCCUCUACGCUGAUGAACUGCCCUCAUCUGCCAGACCGCGUCCAGUGGGAGGAACCACAGGUGCCCAGCUCCAUCAUCUUGCACAAGUGGGUCUGUCCAGUCGGAUGAAUGGUUUCCCAGCAGGAGUCAGGGCUGCUCCGGGCCAGAAUGGAGGCUUAGGCUGGAACCACUAUCAUGAUGACAAUUUCUCCAGAGCAGAAGCUGAAAAAGAUGCAAUUCACCGGAGUGGUAUCAGGGAGCCCACGGCCCCCCCGACCCAUCUAGAUGGUGUGGGUUAUCUGACAGCCCCCCCACCUCUGGAUACUUCUCCUCCCACUCAUUCCUCUGCCUCCUUGAUCAAGGCCAUCCGGGAGGAGCUUCUGCGGCUCUCGCAGAAGCAGGCGGCUGUGCCCAGCUACCACAGCUGAAGUCCUGGCUUCUAGUGUCCUGCUCUAACCAGUCAUGUCACUGACCCUGCCUGCUUGCUUCACCUAAUCUGACAGUGCUUCCCAUGGAAGUCCAUUAAGCUGUACAGCAGAGAGAUAGUCCUGCUAAAGUAGAGAGGUUUGCUCCUGAGAAACUGCAUAACAGGAUGGCUGAUAGAGACUGAGAUCAGCUGCAGUAGAGUACAGCUGACCAGAGAUGACGUGAAACCGACGCGUGAACUCGACAUGCCCGUGUUUCUUUCCUGUUCUUUACCGUGGACCAGGGAGCGCUAAUGUCACGUACUGUGGACGUCGGACUUGAUUUUGCUGCAUUUCCUCAGACUCUGUGUCAUAGUUUCAACUUUAUGUCGCCUUCACAAACAGAAAUACAGUGUCAGACUGAAGUCACAAUGUCUUUUUACAUCACAUAACCUGAUGUAUUUCUUCUUUUUGAUGCAGACCCCUAACUUCCUUUCCACCAUCAGGUGCUUCCUGUCUUCUGCCAUGAUGAGCCAUGUUAUGCCUUGACACUGUGAUACAGUUCACGUGACCAUACCUGCUGUUAGAGCCUACAGUAAGACCAUAGUUCACAGCCAGCAACCCAGUUCAGACAGCAGGCAAAAAAAAGGGGCAUCCAUACACAGUAAUAACACUCAUUAAUGCUACCUAUUCUGUCCUUACUUACUACAGUAAAACAGUGUUCGACCUCUCGGCUUACAAUAUAUACUUUUUCAUGUUAAAGUGCUGUUUUGUUUUGUUUUUAAUUCGUGUUGAGAAGCUACUUGAUGGUUAAGCAAACAGGAGAAGAAAUCAGCCUUUAAGCAGAUCAAACCGUUUCUGAGCAAGUUUUAAAGAUGCAGGCACAGAUGUGGUACAAAUAGUAAAAGGUGACAUACUUGAUGAUUAUGGUCAAUAUUUAAUGUAUGUAUUCAUUAUGUGGUUAUUUGAUGCACUGUAUGCAGACGACUUGGUACGGCUCAGGUUUUUCAUUAAGAGAUUCCUUACGGACAAAUCCGUAAAAAGACACUUUAGAAGGUCACAUGGAAGAAGUGUAAAUUAGGGAAAGUCACAGACACCAGUGUUCUGUUUGAGCUCAUUUCUGUAUUGAAUACACAUGGAUGUCUUUUUCAUGCAGUAUUGGAAGUUUGAUUUGCCUUUUUGUUAGCACAGGAAGGGAAGACGUGUACUGUAUUUCAUUAAGAGUUUACUUCAACUACUCAUUUUUACAUGCUUUUUAAAUAGAUUUGGAUCAUUUAAUUGUGUUCACCUGGCUCUUAGUCAUCAUGCUGAUUAGAAGUCAUUCCAGGUCUUUUCCACAGGAUGUGGUGCGAUGUUUCGGAGGCCUAAAAUUUUAAUUCAUUCGAUUAAAAUAAAAGAGGAACUGUGGGGUUUUUAUAGCAGGACUUGAAGAUGUGUUUUUGCAGUUUGUGCCAGGAUCAUAUGGCAAAUUCGAAAUGUUCCCUGCACAAGCCUCGACUUCCAGGUGAUUUUACUGAUGUGGCCACGGUGUUCUUCUCAUGCCAUGUUUCGUUUCCAUGUGACGUGCCUUUUGGACUCACCUGAAUUGAUUAAGCACCAGACUGUCUACUAUUACGCUCCCAAUUCUAACACAGAAUUAUUUAAAAGCAUCAUUAUUCCAACAUGGCUGUUUGUCAGUGGAUGUAAGGGCAGUUGAACUGUAAACGAAUCGAUGGAACAUCAGGUAACAGUGACACUGUAGCUUUGUUGUCCAUUACAUGUUCAUGGUUUAUCCAUCUCACACUGUACGCCUCCAUCUGCUGGUCCUGUACUGUAACUACAUCCUUGUGUUCAUCCUCAGUUGCUUUUUGUUGUUGUUGUUUAUUUCCAGUCCUUUUCUACGUGUUCUUCUAUGUAAAAAUGAUCCGUUGGCUGGCCCAACUUUCCAUUUGCAUGUUUAAUUGUUGUAUUUCUUUGGCUUGGUUUUGAGCAUGCUAUUUCAGAAUUUGUGAAAUACAAAGUAAGCUGUAA